UGGGGUAUUGUAGUUAAUUCAAUCCUCCUUUUUUUUAUUUUUUUAAGCUUCAAGACAGAAUAGUUAACUCCAUCUUUCUUACUCACAGUUCCAACUUACGAUACACCAACAUAGCACUAGUUUUUUUUCUCCCCUUCAACUUGUUAUUUCAAUCCUGUGAUAAGUGAAAGGUAUUUUUUUGUAAGAUUUUUAACCUAUCGUACAUCCUCUUCUAGCAUUGCAGAAUAUAUAUUAGCAAGUUAUUUGCUGCGGUGUUUUGGAUUUUUCUGAAAAAUGGCGAGUGUUGAGAACAACCAAAACAUGGAACAAGAAGAUGACGAGGUGAACGACUGUAAGAUUGAUCCGUUACUUGGUGAUUCUCAUGAAUACACCAUUGCAGCGGUAGGGAAUGUCACCGAUGCGGAAGGGGUGGACCCGUCUCCGGCGCCGUCAACUGAUAUGGUGCUGUUGUUAAAGGAAGAACCGGAGGAAAAUGAUUUGCGAGUUUCUACGUCAGUUGGGAUGAAUAUGCAAUUGCAAAAGGUAGAGAAACAACCGGUGAAAAGAUCCUCAAAGGACCGGCACACGAAAGUGGAAGGCCGUGGUCGGAGAAUCCGUAUGCCGGCGGCUUGUGCUGCUAGAAUCUUCCAGUUAACGCGGGAACUAGGUCAUAAAUCGGAAGGUGAAACUAUAAGAUGGCUUCUAGAACGCGCCGAACCAGCCAUCAUUGCCGCUACUGGAACGGGUACGGUUCCGGCCAUCGCCGUAUCAGUAAACGGAACGCUGAAAAUACCGACGACAAACAACGAGGGAGAAAGCUCGAGGAAGAGAAGGAAAAGGGCUGCAAAUAGCGAGUUUUAUGAGGUACAUGAAGCGUCAAAUUUUGCACCCGUGGCUCCCAUUGCCCCACAAGGUCUUGUUCCUGUUUGGCCAGUGGGCUCUGGGAAUGGACUUGUACCCACCACAGCAUUUACCGGUGGGGCAACUCUCUAUAUGCUGCCGCCAGGCACUAAUACAACAGUUGCUGCUACUGGGGCUCAGUUGUGGGCCACUCCAAUACUUAAUGUACCUGGUAUGGGUUAUGCAGCAUCAGGGGUCUCUGCUGCCAGUGAGGUUCAUUUGAGUAGCUCUUGUGUGUCAAAAAGUGAUAACAAUGGAGACAAGUUAACCACAGUUGCUUCAGCCAUGCCUCCAAGUUCUAGUUCUACUGGUUCCACAACUACACAAAUGCUUAGAGAUUUUUCAUUGGAGAUUUAUGACAAGAGAGAGCUUCAGUUUAUGGUUGGUUCUGGUUCCAGUGAAAUUGAUCAAACUUCCUCAUCUAAAUCCUGAUUAACUUUUUUUUUAAUCUCUUCUGGAUGAAGCAUCUAGUUUUUUCAAAAGAUUAUUUUUGCCUGCUUUUAACAUUUUGCUUGUAAGCAUCUAGGAAAGGAAGUUGCUCUGCUGUGAAUGUCAUGACAUGGGUUGGUCAAUUUUAAAUGUCAACUUGCUGUAUUCUUAGUUUUGGGGCACUCAAACUUUUUCUUUGCAUUA